AUGGAUGAAGCCCCAAUCAUUGUCGAACCUCUCGCGGAUCUUACAAACUACCGGCAGGCAAAGUCGCAUGCUGGCGUUCUACAAGCAUAUACAAGACGCCCGGUGGAAGACCCCAAACAUGUCACAGCGGAAGAGGCUGAUAGGGCGGAAGCGCGUGCUAUACAGUUGGCAAAUUUUGUUCCUUUUGAAGGCAUACCUAGAUCUGAUGCUGCCACCCUCGCCCAGAUCUUGCAGAGACUAGAGCAAAUGGAAACAAAUAUCAACCAUCGUUUCAAUCACAUAGAGGAGAAGAUAGAUAAUCUUGAGAAGAAGAUCAAUAAUGUGGAGGUUAUUGCCUUGAAGGCACUGAAUGGCACUCGAGGUGAUGGUACUUGGAUUGAGUACGAGCUUAUACCCUUUACCGACGGCAAGCUUCCGUCCCAUCAAACCUACCAGGUCGAUACCCAGCCACCCUACGUUUACUUGCGACGUGCUACCGACAUCGCCAAGCUGCAAUCAGCUCAACUCACUCAAUAUCUUUCGUCCUAUGGUGUUGCAGCCGCAGCAAUGCCAACAACAGUGAAAGCGAAACGCAAAGAAUUGUAUAGAAUAAUUGGUGUUUCUGCUGAUCUGCUGUCGGCCUAUGACGCCUUGUCACCAUAA